UUUCCCAAGCAACUUGGGGAGUCCUGUAACAUUCAGUAGUCAUUUGCCGUUAACUGUUAAAAACGUACGUUUAUUUCAGUUAGGAAUAAUUGUUUAAAUGUUUUGACAUGUGUAAAAUUACACUAGGUUGUUGUUAAUUAGGUUUGUAACUAACGAACAGCGGUGUGGCGUUUAAAAGCUAAAAUGGCUUAUUAUGGUAUUAAUGUUCAGAAACAGUUACAUUCUAUUUUGGAUGCGUUGACAAAAGAUGCUGUGGCAGAGAUCGGCAAACUUAUUGAAGAUGGUUCCGCUGUUCUGCGUUUGGAAAUAUUUCAUAGUCAGAAAGAGAACGAAACGCUGAAAAUGAAAUUACAGGAGAUGGAGAGAGAGCUGAAGACUGCGCGUGAGUACGGAAAGAAAGGACAGGAGUUUAAGGAUGCAUUUGCGACGAGGUACUGUUUACCCGCGGAGGAGGAGGACUUCCGACAGUGUGUUAUUGUAGAACAGAGUGGUGAACUCCUCUCUGAAUCGGUCAUUAAGAAGGAAAGGUUGGAGGAGCAGGAGAACUGCCUGGGGAGUGAUUGGAGGGGGGAUAUUUUAGAAGCAGAGAGGAGUGUUGGUUCUGACUGGGACUCGGGCCUGAAUGGGGGCGUGGCUGCUGAGGUGCGGCCUGGCCCGGGGGCGGCCCCAGAGCCGUUUGUGUGGGCGGAGCCUGAGCUGAUGCAGGGGGACGGCGAGGACGCCUACGCGGAUUUCCGCUACGCUGGCGAGGGGGGCGUGCCCGGUCAGGCUGAGGGGGAGGCGCCGGGGGCGGAGCCCUUUAAAGAGGAACUCAGCAUGCAGCCCGUGUGGGCAGAGGAGGCGGGGCCGGGGAUAGGCUCCUCCCACCGGGGGCGGUACAGGGAGGAGACGGACGGCAGGGUGGCGCAGACGGAGGCGGUGGGCAGUGCCAGUCGCGGCGGGCGCAUCCCGGGGCCCCUGAGGGCCUGCUCGGUGCGGGUGGAGUGCCUGAGUCUGCAGGACUCCGGGGGAAAGCGGCAGAACGCCGCGGCGGACGAGGCCGCGGUGGCGGACGGCUCGCUCGACGCGCCGGCCCCGUUCCUCUGCCCCUGCUGCGGGAAGGCGUUCUCCUGGAGCGUGUCGCUGAAGAGACACCUGCAGACCCACGAGCAGCGCCGGCCCUUCCGCUGCGCCCUGUGCCCCAAGAGCUUCCCCGACCAGCUGCACCUCACCGCCCACCAGCGGAACCACAAGAGGGUCCGCCAGUUCAGCUGCGCCACCUGCGGCAAGGGCUUCUUCCGCAAGCACCACCUGAGCUCGCACCAGAGGACGCACACCGGGGAGCGGCCGUACUGCUGCAGGUACUGCGGCAAGGACUACAAGCAGCUGAGCAACCUGAUCAGCCACCAGAGGAGCCACACCGGGGAGCGGCCCUACGGCUGCACCCAGUGCGGGAAGAGCUUCCACCGGCUCGACAACCUGAAGGCCCACCAGAGGGUGCACACGCGCGUGCGCAAGUUCGUCUGCUCGUUCGCGGACUGCCAGGAAAGCUUUGAUCAGAAGUACCUGUUUGAAAGCCACCAGCUGUCGCAUGUUGUGUGACGCUGCGCAGAGCGGAGCAGGGGGCGGGGUCUGAUGAGCGGCCGAUUCUCCAGCCGUGCACCAAUCCCCCGUGUCCAGGGGUGGGGCAGUUUCCCAUGACACAUUCUGCACCGUGAACCCUUCUGUAACUGCACCCCUCUCUGCUGCACCCUGUCUGUACCCCUCUCUGCUGCCCCCUGUCUGUACCCCUCUCUGCUGCCCCCUCUCUACUGCUCCCUGUCUGUAACCCUCUCUACUGCCCCCUGUCUGUACCCCUCUCUGCUGCCCCCUCUUGACUGCCCCUGUCUGUACCCCUCUCUGCUGCCCCCUGUCUGUACCCCUCUCUGCUGCCCCCUGUCUGUACCCAUCUCUGCUGCCCCCUGUCUGUACCCCUUUCUACUGCCCCCUGUCUGUACCCCUCUCUCCUGCCACCUGUCUGUAACCCUCUCUGCUGCCCCAUGUCUGUACCCCUCUCUGCUGCCCCCCUGUCUGUACCAGCUCCUGGCAAUAAAUAAUGAUGUAAUGUUUUUGCUAUUUUGACUCAAACGAGUCACGAGUCCUCUGUGAAAAGAACUAAAGCUCAGUAAUGGGCACAACUGCAGUGUUUCUGUGGUUUUGAAAAAUUGCUGGACAUUCUCUACUUGUGGAAAGUGUAGUUGUUAUAACUGUAUGCAUCAGGUAUUGAUGAUCACAGAAUGUGGUGAUGUUCCUGGUGUUACUCAAAGUUUCAACGGUAACAACAUAAACAAACGUUACUGCGCAUGUGCGUUGUUCUGGCCCUAACGUAACUUCUGGCAGACUUCCGCAAACAAUCAAUAACAACAGAGUCCCUCUAGACUAUUUCUGAUAACAAGCAAAAUAAAUAACAAGUAAAUUACGUUAGCUAGCUAGUUAAAUAUGUGUCUAGCCAGUAUUAUUUGAGGUUACCAGUCGAAGAAAAGAACCGUUACUUGGCCAAACUCAAAUGUGAUAACGAUACACUACCAGAAAAACAAGUGACAGAUAACUGUUGACAGUAUUGCACCUUGCUGAGCAUCAUACAUUCCUUGCAUAAUCCAUAACUGUUCUGGGUUUCAUGCACAUUCCUGUGUAAAAAGUGCACUCUUUCUAUGAUAUUGCUUAAAAAUGAUGAUUAGAGACACAAACUGGGGCUAGUGGGCAGCAUGUGUAGCCAAUGCAAUUACUGUAGGUUAUUUAUUUGUAUAGCAUGCAUUGCUGGAAAAACAUCGUGGCUCUUAAUAGUUUGGGUCAUCUUGCUAGGUUACCACAACAAAAAAUGACCAGGAAAUGUAACACUGAAGUCAUUGGAAACAGGUAUCAUAACGUUAGUUCAAAACGUAGCUAAAGCGUAUUAACUACUAGCAUUGAUCUAACAUUGACCUAAUAUAAUUUAUACAAUGUUAGCUACGUUUAGCUAGCUAGCUACCUACAAUCAAUUUAGUUAGCUAAUUCAUAACCACUGCAGGCGUAUUACUGGUCAGCUAGCUAUUAGCUAUCGCUUAUCAUGAGUUUGUUACCUGAAACGAAGUCGGUGCUAGAGUGAGAGAACCUAUUCGACCACCUUCGUUCGACAGACAGGAAAGCGUAAACUGAUUUGCAACUAUAUAUGAAAUAUGCGAAAUAUCGGUAACAACCUGUACCUAGUAAUGUCGGAAAAAAUGUCCUUGUUAUCCUCCUGUGGUUAUUUUUUCAGUACUUUCGCGAUUUUUUUUCUGUGCCGGCAAAUAAGUCAGAGGUGGUCCAGUGUAGCUUUUGAUUGCUAAGGGGACGUGUAUCGACCACCACAUAUAAAUGAAUGGAACUUGACAUAAAUUUGCUAGUAUCCUGUCGUGCGUAUUUGAGGUUAAUAUGAGAAAGGGUGGUCUCUAUCAGCACGUCUAGGAAUCCGUACAUAUUCACGGUUGUAACCCAAGUCGAAGUAUGCAAAUUAGCUGUUAGGAAAGCAGUUUGAAAUAAUGAAGCAACGUCUGGGCCAUUGGCUUUAAUGGGUCACGAUGAGAUAAUUACGAGCGUGUUGCUUGUCUUAAGUUGAUAUAGUAAAUAAGGCUGUAUUAGUAUUACUAAAUGUGUGAAGGCGAUUUUUUAAAUACAGUUUAUUAUGUGUAUUUUUACUGGACUUACAUUUAAUAGGUAAUGAUGUCCAGUUAUUUCUCAAAAAUAUGAGGUAACAACGGGCAAGCACCAGCUAUAAUAAUCGCAGGGAUUCAAGCAAUUAGUUUCACAAUUCCCUAGUGGGAUUACAAAGUUAAAUUAUGUAUUUUUACAAAUUUUCGAAAUGUAGUUUGUUCCUGAGAUCAGGUUGCACCCCACAGCACAACAACCUGAGCCCAACAUCAGUCUGCUCAUCAGUUUAACUUUCACUCCGUUUGUAAUCGGUGUCAUAUUAAACACAAACCCAAUAUAAACAAACACAGAGCAGAAGUUAACUUAUGGCCAAGCGCAUAACCUUGGCAACGCGCGUGCGUCCGAUGAAAGCGUCUAUACAACACCACAGGUAUCACUAUAGAUCAAACAAUGUUCACCUCCACAUUCUUAACACUGAAACAUUUUGUUCUAUUAAAUCUGAAAAAUUCCACAUUCUAUGCCUUUCCCUAGCAGCACUGGAAGCUGGUGUUACUAAUCGAGAAGAAUGAACGCAUGACUAUCAGGUUAGUCUGUAGCAAGGUAUGAAUGUGAAGCAAGGCUCACAGUUCAAUGUCUACCUAAGUACACUGUGCUCUGUGUAUUACAAACAAGGCUUUAAAAAGGGCAGGUGCCAUUUUUUCUGUACAAAUGUAAAUGAUCCUUUCUGUUAAAAUAGUUAUAUUAAAUGUUAUUAGUAUAACGCUUUUUGGUAUGACACUGUCACAAAGCCACUUUACAGUGGGGAUACAAAAUAAAAUUGGGCAAAAGACC